UAAACAAGUGGAUGGUAUUGGCAAGUGUCUUGCUCAUUUUUUCCAGAGACCAUCCAGCUGCCAUUCCCAUCACUGUGAAGGCAAUUGAUGAUACAUCAAAUUUUGAUGAGUUUCCAGAUCUUGAACUGAAGAAAAAAGCACUAAAGAAGGCACACAGAACUGAGUUCUAUCGAGAUCUGACUGCUGAAAAUUUUGGUGGUAACAUUGACGUCAUUUUGUUUACAAUUUACAGUCAAUUGCAUGUGAAUAUGAGUGGAGUGGAGGGAGGUGAUGGUGUGGGUGUGAGGUUUCAUUGAAAUUGUUGUUGUUGUUCAAGAGCUGACGGAUUUGAAGAAGCGAGUGCAGAGUUGGAAGAAGACAUUCCAGGUUGCACCUCCAGAGAAGUUUGACUUCUCGUCCCCUGAGAAAAUUCUAGAGAUUCCGAACCGCCUCGGGAUGCCAAGUUGUCUGAAGCGUUGCAGAUGCACUCGGAUUUGACUCUUUCGACGGCAAUAGUGAAAGCUGAAGCCGUAAAAGGGCAGCAGAUAGUCGUCAGAAAGGACCUUUGGAAUCUGAGAAGCCAACAGAGAUAGAAGCAGCUCAGGUAGGUGCGAAGCGAUUGCCAACAGGGCAACGAAAAGCAAGCCGGCACGUUUCCCAGCUCGUCAAGCGAGGACGAAGCAGUAUUGCAUGGGGCAGCCUGCGAUUGAAAAAAAUUGUUAUUGGAAACAAAAGAAGUGCAUGAUCACUAGAGAUGGAGGACCAGAAAAAGAGAUUCGACAAACGACACGGUAUACGUACCAAAGUACUGAAACCUCACUACUGUUUGGGUGACAGACACUGAGACAGACAAGAAGCAAGAAAGGUACUAUAAGAAGAAUCAACAGCAUGCAAGGUCAUAUCUGGUACAAACUCCAUCUACAACUGUUGGAAGAAACAGGCGACACCUCUAGUGAACAUUCCACCAUCACAGCAGCAGGAGAAGCCUGAAAAGACACCCCACUUCGACUACUCAGCACAUCAGGAAACAUCUACUACCCAAGAGGGCGGAGUCCAACAGAAUUCGCCAACAGUGAGGACAAGGAGUGGAAGACGAGUAGUGACACCUAAACGUUUAGAUUUAUAGAAAGUAAAAAGUAGUGUUGCAUGCUUUGAGAAGGGAGAUGUAGGGUAAGACAGUUCUUGACUUGAGAAAGGGGGAUGUAUUAGAGGUUACUGGAUUGUGUUGGCCACUCCUAGGGGAGGGACCAUAGUUAAGUGUGUAUGGUUGCUUUCGUGUCAAUACAGACUGUCGGUUGUGUGCAC